GAAUUCCGUUCCUGUGGGAUACAUAGGAUUAUCGGCCCCACAUUGCGAACCAGCUACCCCGCCCUGUCGUGCCUGCCGGGCCAUGCCCCUGGACAUCGGUUGAACGACCCCCACCAUCCCUGCAUCCCACCUCGUUCAGCUUCCACUUGUGUUCACAUCACCAAGCCACUCCACCGCAGGCAACCUAACCUACACGGUACCCUUGUCCCUCCAUCAGCCACGACUGAGUGAUAGCUUCACGACCACUACCCUACACUGCAGCGACAGCAUAACGGCAGCAAUUAUUCACUGGAUUGUUUUGGUUGCUUAGCUUAUAUCAUAUCGACAACACGUCUAGCUUCACGGCCGAAUCUAGCAACAUGGACGACCGCAAAUUAGCCUUCUUCACGGCUAUUGAGGAUCAAGGCGGCGUCAUCGUCAAAGAGACGCCAAAAUUCGACCUUGAUCUUUACAUACAGAAUUACAAAGGACGUACACGGUUCGAACGUCUUUUUCAUAUUGGCAGGAGCUCGGUACCGCUAUGUGUCGAUGCACUCAAAGCUGCUGUACAGGAGGCCAAGGCUGGCAGCGACAUUCUCAGGUACCAAAUGGCAGUCAACUCCCUCUUCCAAGCAGCUCCCAACGAGCCCGAAGCCUUGUUGGAUAAGGCAUGGAUGGAAUCCAAGGAAAAGGAGAAUCGAGACACUACGGCUCAUCUACAAGCCGAGCUUCAAGGUUAUAAGAACAACUUGAUCAAAGAAAGCAUCAGGAUGGGCAACGAGGAUCUAGGGAAGCACUUUGAAGCCAUCGGCGAUGUCGAGGCUGCCAUGGAUAGCUUUUGGAAGAUGAGGACGGAGGUUAGCUCGACAGAACAGCUUGUCGACCUUGGGAAGCUCCUUGUCCGAGUGGCAAUUGAACGCCGCGACUGGAAAUCCAUCGGCAAUCACCUGAAGCCCCUCAAUUCGGUAAACGACUCCGACCCGAAAGCCAAAGCCCUCAAAACGUACAGCAAGAUUGCGAAUGGCAUCGCGGCGCUAGGUCAGGAACGCUACAAAGAGGCGGCGUUUUGCUUUGUCGAAGCCAGCUCCGGCGUGCCUCCCGAGAUUUACAACCAGAUUGCCAGCCCGAACGACGUUGCCAUCUACGGCGGUCUGUUGGCGCUUGCUACCAUGGAUAGGCACGAGCUGCAGGCCAACCUUUUGGACAAUGACUCUUUCCGCGAGUUUUUGCAACGAGAACCACACAUACGCCGGGCGAUCACACAAUUUGUGAACGGCAGGUAUGCGGCGUGCAUAGAGAUACUGGAGUCAUAUCGACCAGACUACCUCCUCGAUAUUUACCUGCAAAAGCACGUGCCCAAGCUGUACGCCGACAUCCGCACCAAGUCCAUCGUCCAGUACCUUAAACCCUUCUCCUGCGUCAGGCUGGACACAAUGCAGAAGGCCUUUAACGGACCGGGCCCCUCGAUCGAGGACGAGCUGUUUACCAUGAUCAAAGACGGGAAGCUGAACGCUCGGAUCGAUGCCAUCAACAAGUCUAUCACCCCAAUUUCCACAGACUCUAGACAGCAAAUGCAGUCAAAGGCACUCCAGACCUUGGAGAAUUACGAGAAACAAGCCCUUGACAGAAUCCGGCGCAUGAACAUCAUGGCUGCCGAUCUUGAAGUAAAAGGUUCUCGCAAGCCUGGAGGGAUGAACGACAUUCCGUUCAGCAUGACCACGGAUGACACUGUGAGCUUGGCCUAGGAUCCCGAUCUCAAUAAGGAGGCCGUCAGGACCUAUCUAGGGAUUCCCCUAGUAUCAGGCAGGAAUAAGGUUCGCUGGAGCCGUGAACAGUAUUCUUAGGUGGGAAAAGAUAAAAGUUGAAACGCUGCCUAAGAUCAGUCGCAAUGAUAAGUCAUGAAGCAAUGAAAACUUGGACGGUCUAGUGUUCCGGGCGGUAUCACUUGACCGGAGAUUUUUUCCUACAUUGUUAUGCUACUGGCGUUCACGAACAGAGGGAUGUAGCUUGAAAGCCUUCAUGAUUAUUCUAGGUACACACAAUCAAUGAAGAACAUUUACUCCAAGCUGAAGAUAUAAUUUCAUACCCGGGGUUUGUUUCCCGAGCUCUGAGUGUCAGACUUGGUCCAAUUAUCGUCUCUAAAAUCAAUAUGGGUAUC